CGUGUAUUUACCAUAAAGUGUGCAAUACGGGCGCACUUGAAAGGUUGGAGCGGCUGCCUUGACUCCGCAAACACGACAGACGGCUGCUUUGACCGCAGUAACGAGGGUGCGUGAAAAAUAUGAGCCGCUGGCAUCAUUCGCCAGAGAUUCGCCUGCCGCCGCCGCCGCUGCCGCUCUGUCCGCGGAGCGCGUCGUGAGGUGUGGCUCGGAAACUCUCCGGGGAAGCUGUCAGCCGAGACGACACGCCGAAGAGGAGCCGGGCUGCUGGAAGACAUGUCCACCUCUGUUAGGCCCCAGGGCGGCCCUCGCCCACCCGCCGUGCCGCCGCCAUACAUGUCGGAUCUGCCGGACCUGUCGGAUCCGCCGGACCUCAGCCACCUCACUGAGGAGGAGAGGAAGAUUAUUCUGGCAGUGAUGGACAGGCAGAAGGAAGAAGAGGAGAAAGAACAAGCAAUGUUAAAAACACUGCACCAGCAGUUUGAGAGCUACAAACAGGAGGUACGUCGCAUCGGGGCUGAGAUACGGCAGCAGCCGACUCAACAGAAGGACGACACGCCCACCUGUGGCAUCUGCCGCAAGACCAAGUUUGCUGAUGGCUGCGGCCACCACUGCUCCUAUUGUCAGAUCAAAUUCUGUGCUCGCUGUGGAGGACGGGUCUCUUUGCGGUCCAAUAAUGUAAUGUGCGUAUGCAACCUGUGCCGUAAGCAGCAGGAGAUUCUCACCAAAUCAGGAGAAUGGUUUUCAGAGUCAGGGGUGCGGCCUGGAAUGAUGGACACCUCCUUGAAUGACCCAGCUAUAAGAGAUAAAAACCAACAGGACAAGAAACUACUACGCUCCAGGUCCGUAGCCCCAGCCUCUAAUGCCUCCAUAGGACUAGAGAGGAAACAGCUGUCCACUGGUGACACUGCUGUCAAGGGUGCUGACACCAUGCCGGGCUCUCGCUCUCAAAGUGAACCACCCAGAGAAAAGAAAAGACCAGUUUCCCUCCAUGAACAAAAUGGCAAGGGAGGCAUGGGGUGUGGUGGUAGCUGGAAAGCUACUGGGAAGUUACAAUUUCAGUCAUCCUUGGAUGAGCGGGUGCGACCUGGUGACAGAGGUGAGAGACAGCUGGGAGACAGACGGAGGUUGGAGAAGAUCCAUUCUCAGGAAUAUAAGGAUGGGGUGGAUAACCUAGGUUGUUUAGAACCACAUAAAAGACAUCCAGAGAAUGAAGAACAGAGAGAACGGAAGCGUUGUGAGAAGGACUUCCAGAAUCGUUAUCGUAGUGACCCCAAUCUGGCCCGUUACCCAGUGAAACCUCAGCGGGAAGAGCGAGAGAUGCGCAUGCAUGCUAAGGCUUCAAAGGUACGCCAUGAACGACGACACAGUGAUCUGGCAAUCAAUGAGGUUGGUCUGGGACCAGGUGGAGGAGCCAAUGCAAGUGAGGUGCCUGAAAAUCUUUUAGUAAAGUUGUCCGGUGGUGGGAGGGGAGACUCCAACAUACUGGAUAACCACUGUGCCUACUCUGUAGACAGGACUGUGGGUGUCGGAGCAGGGCCUCCACCUAGUGAAGGUGGAUUGAAAUUAGGACCCCAACCUGUCCAACCAAGUACAACAUGGACACAAAGAGAAAUAGACAAGGAUAGCCCGGUAAAGAAAGACUCCCAGUCAGAGUCUUUGCUGCCUUCUCAAUCAUGCAAAAGCAGGUGCGGAGUCAACAAGAGGCAGAUGUCCAUUAGUAGCUCGGAGGAGGAGGAGGAGGGAGGCUCCACGCCUGAGUACACCAGCUGUGAGGACCUAGACAUGGAACACAUCAGCAAAAAGGGUGACUGGGACUGUCACCCAUUGGAUCCUACUGUGUGGCACCAUCCAGUCACAUGGCAGCCUGCUAAGGAAGGUGACCACCUGAUUGGGCGCAUCAUACUAAGCAAGCGGUCAGCCGUGCUUCGUGAGAAUGGUUCCCUCCUUGGCCUAAAAGUGGUAGGAGGGAAGAUGACAAACACAGGGAGACUUGGGGCCUUCAUCACCAAAGUCAAGAAAGGCAGUCUGGCAGAUGUGGUGGGACAUCUACGAGCAGGUGACGAGGUGCUGCAGUGGAAUGGGAAGUCAUUGCCAGGAGCAACCAAGAAAGAAGUGUACAACAUUAUCCUUGAAUCAAAGGCCAACCUUAAAGUAGAAAUAGUUGUUUCAAGACCUAUAGGAGACACUUCUAGAAUCCCACAGUCCUCUCACCCUCCUUUAGAAUCGAGCUCAAGCUCCUUUGAGUCACAAAAGUUGGACCGUCCCUCUAUAUCAGUGAUUUCCCCUACAAGUCCUGGGACCCUCAGAGAUCUUCCCCUGGUUCUGCCUGGACAGCUCUCUAUUAAGCUGUGGUAUGACAAAGUGGGACAUCAGUUGAUUGUCAAUAUCCUUCAAGCCAGGGACCUGCCAACUCGACCAGAUGGUCGCCCUCAGAACCCCUAUGUCAAAAUGUACUUUCUGCCAGACAGGAGUGACAAGAGUAAACGUCGGACUAAAACUGUGAAGAAGAGUGCUGAACCCAAGUGGAACCAGACAUUCAUAUACUCCCAUGUUCACCGACGGGACUUCAGAGAACGCAUGCUGGAGAUCACUGUCUGGGACCAGCCCAGAGUGCAGGAGGAGGAGAGUGAAUUCCUGGGUGAGAUUUUGAUAGAGUUAGAGACGGCCUUGCUGGAUGACAUACCUCGCUGGUUCAAACUCCAGGCCCAUGACAUGUCCUCCAUACCUCUACCCGAGCCAUCUCCGUACCUUCCACGCCGACAUAGGCAUGAAGACAGCCCCAGCAAGAAGCUGCAGAAGCAUAACUCCAGGGAGAAAGAGCACAGCAGUGCGCUGGAUGUCCCUGAGCAGCAGCGACCGAUCCCACACCGCUCCCGCUCAGUGUCUCCUAACAGACAGGACUCCUGCAGGGCCCGAUUACGGCCUGUACGAGUGCCCAUGCAAAGGAGUCUGGAUGAGAUGCGCCAGAACAGCCAGCCCUACCCCCACGACCACAACAACCACUCAGAGGACCAACGUUCCGGUGACUCAGACUAUGAGUACUCUGAGGACAGUGAAGUCCCGGAGAUGCACCGGUCUAUUCGGGGAGGGAGUGCAGAGUGCCUGCAUACAAACAGUGACCUGCUGCCGUCCCUGGACAGAGUGAGGAGUGCCAGCACCACUUGUCUGAGACCAGACACCUACUUUCACUCACCCGGCAGAAACAGAGCACAAGCUCAUGGUCCAACUAGGACAUCAUCAGGUCACAGGGGCAGGCGAUUGCCGCAGCUCCCUUCAAAGAGCAGCAGCAUUGAGCAAGCCCUUGCAGUAGGGGAGCAAGCCUGCCACCUACACAUGAAAGUACAUUCCUAUUGGCCUUCAGCCUCCCGCAGACCGGACACAGCCCUCAAGACCAAACAAGAGAUGUAUGCGGAACGGAGGCAUUGCAGCGAAAACAUCUCAGCAAGAUCCUCAGACAGUGAUAUGAGCGAUGUCUCUGCCCUCUCUCAUGCAAGCAGUGCCUCUGGCCUCAGUAGCACCAGCUACAUGUCUAUCCAAUCAGAAAGACACGGUGGACGCCUCGGGAGGAUGUCGUCGAUGGGCCGCUGCCUGCUGAAGAGCUCCAGUGUAAGUGGAGAGAUUUACACCCAGGAAUGCACCGAUGGCAGCCAGUCAGACACAGCGCUUGGUUUGGUAGGUGGAGGCAGCAAGAAGAGACGGUCCAGCCUCAGCUCUCGGAUGGUGGCCAUAGUCGGCAACCGCCGCAGCCGUAGCACUUCACAGAUCAGUGGACCCGAUUGGAAGAGUAAAAAAGAGAAGGAUGCACCCAUUCAGAGGAGCACAGAGACUGGAAUGGCAGUCGAGUUGACCAGGAACACGAGCGUCCAGCCCAGCAGAGAGUCCAACAAUGGCAGCAUGAACAGUUACAGUUCUGAGGGAAAUUUGAUCUUCUCUGGAGUUAAUAUUGGUGCCAGCAACCAGUUUAGUGAUUUCCUGGAUGGUUUGGGUCCAGCUCAGUUAGUGGGCAGGCAAACACUCGCUACUCCUGCCAUAGGUGACAUCCAAAUUGGUAUGAUGGAGAAAAGGGGCCAGCUGGAGGUAGAAGUCAUCAGGGCUCGAGGACUUGUACAAAAGCCAGGAUCCAAGUCUCUCCCUGCUCCAUAUGUCAAGGUCUACCUGCUGAAUAAUGGAAAAUAUGUAGCCAAAAAGAAAACCAAGAUUGCACGGAAAACACUUGACCCACUGUACCAGCAAGCACUGCUAUUUGAGGAAAGCCCACAGGGUAAAGUGUUACAGGUGAUUGUAUGGGGAGACUACGGCCGCAUGGACCAUAAAAGCUUCAUGGGAGUUGCACAAAUCCUGUUGGAGGAACUGGAUUUAUCGAGCACAGUCAUUGGUUGGUACAAGUUAUUCCCACCAUCGUCCUUGGUGGACCCAACCCUUGCCUCAAUUACACGACGAACUUCUCAGUCAUCACUUGAUAGUACUGCUGGACCUGCUGGGGUGCGUUCCUAGUGUCUACAGGUGUACGCUGCUCAGUGAGCUAACAAACUCAAACACGGUACAAUGGAGAGAGAGAGAGAAAGAGAGGCAAAAAUAUCAGCAGAAAUGUAGAACAAAAACUAUCAGAAAUACAACUAGAAAGCAUUGCUGAGAUCUGACAAUCACUCCCACUGUGGUGAAUUUUGUCUGUUUUAGAGAGCACGAUAAUUUUAAUUUUUGUUUCAUAUUAAUUUUGUGAAAAAUCUUACAGGUUUCUCUCUGUGUAUGGUGAAGAAGCAGGACUGCUGACAGAUGACAAGAGAUCAAACAUGUCAGAGAAUCAAAGGGAGGCAGGGUGGUUUUUAAUUGAAUCAACAAAAACAAGGACAUUUGUUAAAGCUUCAGAAUGUAUGGACUCAAAAAUGAGGAAGUCAACCUCCACACCUGCGGGGGCACCUUCCGCUCUACAGUGUCCUCUAGUAUCCCAAAAGAGAGACUUGACACUCUCCAGGCAAGGUGCUCCCAUGACACUCUGUUUUCUAUGUAUUUAUGCCGUGUUUCCACCACAUGUUCCCAGCUCGCCUCGACUCGGUUUGGUUGUGUUUCCAUUACAAUAUAGUACCUCCUCAACGUGGGCGGAGUCAUCACUGCACGGCUGCAUGAAACCGCCGUGACUUCGUUGUACGCGCGACACAAGCUAGUGACUUGUAAAGCAGUUGUUUUCAGUGUAACUCAAUCAUUACAAUCAGUUCAGUAAAAAGAUGUGUUCAGUACUUCCUCCAUCUCCGUCUGACACAGUCACUGGACCGGUCGUGAUCGCCGCUUUCAGCAGUGCUGUCGCUAAAUACACCAGACUCUGUUAAAUGAUGAGAUUUUAGUUUCCUUGCUAAAUGUUGGAGAUUAACCCACGUUUUCAGGAUUGUUAAGUCUUUUUAACUGAUCUACAGUUCGGCAUUGUUUGGUUUGAUUCUUGUGUCAGACGUCUAGCUCAUGCCUCGUCCUGUAACAACACUCUGACCAAUCAGUGGCCGGCAGUCUGAUGAUGUCACGCAUAGUAUUGCCUCAGCUACUAAAAAAGUACCAGUUACCAGGUACUAUUGCUAAUAGAAACGCAAAAUAAUCGUACUGUACCGAGGCGAGGCGUGUUGCACUAGUGGAAAAGGGGUUUUACUAAGGCUGCACUCUUUCAGAGUAUUUGCUUUGUCCCUUAUUUUAUUUUCCCUUUGUUACUACUGGUAUAAAAUAUAUUUACAGUACAUAAAAUGAUAAUGCUGUCAGACUGGUGUGUGCAUGGGAAGAAAAACUAAAAGUCCAAAUGUCCGAGCCAGUCAGUUGUAUUUGUAGAUGUACUGUCUAUUAGGCCUCUCAUGAGAUUGACCAUAUUGAGGUGGUCAGUGUAAACAAUAAAUACAAAAAUUGCAUUUGUUCACUUAAGCAAGAAAAAGAAGGGCAGUCUCAUUUUUCCCCACGUCCUCCACCCCCAACACAUUGAAGGUUUUAAGUUUAAAUCAUUUUGAAAUCCAACCACAAGCACAAGAAGAGCUUGAUUUUUUAUUUAUUUUUUUUGCAUCAAAACCAACAAAACUCAUCACUUGUUUGGUUAAUUUCUUUCCCUCAGGAAGUAAGUGGGGCCAGCAUGACUUUUGAGCUUUUUCAUAGCUGCAUGCACAAUUUUGUGAAACAAAACAGAUCGACAGAGAAAAAGAUACUAGAUAUGUGUGUUAGGUCCACAUAAUGUAGGGUUGCUUGUAUGUUGCAUGCAGUUGUACAGUUUGCUCUUGAAUAUUGAAGAGAUAAAACCAAGAAACUGAAGCCAUUCCCAUUAUGCAGAGACAUCUGAACUCAUCUGCAGUCUUCUCCACGUCAUUGUACACCACCAAGGGCUGAGAUGUUGUAUGAAUAAGUAUGUUCAAAUCACAUGAGAAUAUGAAUUAUGUUUUAACUUUAUGAUCUCAGAUAUACUUGCACAAGAACUGUUAAAUGAUAUAAAAUCCAACGCCGUUUUCACUAAGAUGAGCGAUAACUGCGAGAAGUCAUGUAAGAAGGAGCGAGUCAUCAUUAGGGACCACACAGUGCAACAAAACCAGGAUAUGGCACAUUUCUCCGUCAUCAUCAGAUGUUGUUCAUUUGUUUUGUUUGUUUUUCUUAAAUGAGUUUUGUCAGUAUUAACUGGAAAAAUGGUGAUUGUUUACAAUGUUAAAACAAAUUAGAAAAGAUUAAAGCGUUCACUGCAACAUUUUUGUUUGUGUAACAGGUGUGGCUAAAAUGAUGUGUAAGUAAUUUUUUUAUUAUUUACAAAUAAAAUUAAUAUGUGGA